CUGUUUUGACCUUGUCGACAUAACUUGCCACCGCCAUGACCGGUUAUCUCCUCAGAGUGCUAUUCUCCACUGUAACUUUACAAAGUGUGCUUCACGGCGCAGUCUCUUUGGAUUGUCUCUCCGAUCAGUGUAGUUAUGGCGCAAGUGGGGAACCCGCAUGCGUAACAUCCACGUCCACAGCAACAACCAUCACGUGUCAAUCCGGUGAACUUUGCUAUACUAAGAGGCAGUACCUGAAGUCCCCGGGUUACAUCUAUUACUUUGAGAGGAAGUGUAAAGCUGAUGUGGGCCGCAGCUGCACGGAGGACAUCCACUACUACACGUGUGAGGAAUCCUGCAGCACCAGUAACUGUAAUAAUGGGAACGGUGUUCCUAGUGGAUACGACCCUCUACCGUCAUCUACAACUACUACGACAAGUGCCCCUGGCGUGUCUACUUCCACCAGCAAUCCAGGUCGCCAGUGCUACAGUUGUUCUUACGUGCAGUCCGCUGAUGCUUCGGCCACCUACGAGUGUGUGGACGGCGUGACCACAAGUCGAGCCAUUACGUGUUCAUCUGAUAGAAUAUGUGUGGUCAAACGGGUCACUUCUCUCGCUACGGACAGAGUUAAUUCAUUUGAUCGUGGCUGUCUACCAACAUCUUCCGUCACAGCAGGCUGCACUAAAGAUGUCUACUUCAACACAUGCACGACCACGUGUUCUGGACAUUUGUGCAACACAGGGACUGGAAUACCGGACAGCGAAACUACAACAACUGGUCGGUCCGGUGGCGGUAGUUUGAAGAGCAGUCCAUUCUUGUUUUUAGUUUUGCUCAGCUGUAUUUUGUCACGCGUACAAAUGUCCUGACGUGUAGACGUGUAGUGCGUUGGCUGACCUGCAAUAACCCUGCCGAGCAACCUUGUUUGCAGAUCAUCUGAGAUGGCUUACAUGUAAAUACGCAAACGCAUUCAGCUUGGCUUUUUUUUUAAAUGUCAAAAACUAGUGUCCCAUGGAUUUUAGUAACCCUAGUUGAUCAUUGCAUCGGCACUGUUAUUAAAGAUAUUUGUGACAUUUUAAUGCUUUUAAUUUAUUUUUGAUUGUCGUUGUAGUUUUGUUUAUGAAAAAACUUCGUUUUUUACACAAUCGUAAAUAUAUAUUCUGAGCAACAUAAUACAGAUGCACAAAUACAUGUAGAGAACUUUGGAAAUUAGAAACAAACUGAUCCUUAGACUGUUCUGUUCUUAUUUAAUAUAUUGUAUUAUUUGUUGAAAUGUACUGUAUUUAUUGUAAUUUAAUUACACUCACCGCUGCUGAUAGCGUUACGCCUGAGUAAUUGGACUUUGCAUGAAUACGAAGAAUUGCAGACCAUAACUCUGUAGCGCGCAGAAUGUUGUUCCCACCCUCCUAGCUUUGAAUUUUUAUUAAUGUUGGGUUAUGGCGGAAAGGGGGUUUUAAUGAAAAAAAUGUGGACUUUUUAAUAGGAAAGACUUUUAGGGCGACUAAUUAUGAAUAAAUUAUAUGAUGAAUGUUUUUAUUUCACAAUAUAGAUAACGAUUGAAAUUCGAAAACGACGUUUUUUGUGGCAAUAGCAAUAUGCAUUAAAACGAAUUGACAUUUGUUAA